CUACAAUUUCUUUUUAUCCCAACACGUUCUUAAAAAUUCAAAACUUCUCAGCCAUAAACUCAACAGACUCCACCACUCUCCAUUGCAACAAGAUAAGCCCUCUCUCUCUCCCUCUCUUCACAUUUCCCAAUGGUCUUAUCACUUCACUCUCACUCCACUUCCAUCAACACACACCUCUCUUUCCUCUUCCACCGUCCCAACCGCCACCUUCACCCACCGCACCACCUCAAACUCCGGCGACACUUCUCCGUCACAACCGCCGUCGCCAACAACUCAACUUCUUCAAAUCAGCAGCCUCGAACUCUCUUCCCAGGCGGUUACAAGCGCCCGCAGAUCAAAGUGCCAGCUCUCGUGCUCCAAUUGAAUCCACAGGAUGUGCUAGUACAAGACAAUAGAGAUGUGCUGAGCUUGAUCGACGACGCCGUUUCGAAGAAUUGGAUCGGAAUUGUGGUGCUUAAUGACGGCGGUGAUGCAAGUGGCGGGAAAAUGUACGAAGCGGCGUGUUUGUUGAAGUCGUUCAUAGGAGGGAGAGCGUAUUUGUUGCUCUCGGAGCGUGUCGAUAUCGCUGCCGCUGUUAAUGCUAGUGGCGUCCUUCUCUCGGAUCAAGGUCUUCCUGCUAUAGUGGCUAGAAAGACGAUAACAGAUGCGAAAUUUGAAUCUGCCGUUCUUCCAUUGGUUGCAAGGAAUGUGCAAACUCCAGUUGCGGCUGAAAAUGCUUCUAACUCUGAAGGCGCUGAUUUCCUAAUAUAUAAUGUUGAUGGAAGAAAGCCUCUUGACGAAGUGGUUGAUACUGUGUUUGGGCGUAUUAAAAUUCCAAUUUUUAUCUUGACCAAUACAUUGAAGGAUGAUGAGUUGUUUGGCGAAGCAUCAAGAUUGAUGAAAGCAGGAGCUAGUGGAUUAGUCAUUUCGCUGAAUGAAUUGAAGGUGUUAAGUGAUGAUGUUUUGUACAAAAUGUUUAAGAGUGUAAAUUUAUCAAAAAAGAGACAACAGGAAAUAUUGCCCAACUUGGCUGACAAGCUCAGAACUAAUGAUGCUAGUAAUGGCUCUUUUGUAAAGGAGGGGGUGGUUGGUUUUGUUAACCUGGAGGAUAAAGUACAGAAACUUAUGGAGAGAGAGAAAUCUGUGUUGACUGAAGCUAUAGAUGUUAUUAAGAGAGCUGCACCACUGACGGAUGAAGUCUCACUUCUCGUUGAUGCUGUUUUGCAACUAGAUGAGCCAUUUUUACUGGUUAUAGUGGGUGAGUUCAACUCCGGGAAGUCAACUUUCAUAAAUGCCCUUCUCGGAGAAAAAUACUUGCAAGACGGGGUUGUCCCUACAACAAAUGAGAUCACAUUCUUACGAUAUUCUGGUUUAGAUUCCAGUGAGCAGCAACGCUGUGAGAGGCAUCCUGAUGGUCAGUUUGUAUGCUACUUACCUGCUCCAAUACUUAAAGAGAUGAUAAUUGUUGAUACGCCAGGGACAAAUGUAAUACUUCAAAGGCAACAACGUCUUACUGAAGAAUUUGUGCCCCGUGCAGAUUUGCUUCUCUUUGUUAUAUCAGCUGAUCGCCCUUUGACCGAAAGUGAGGUUACUUUUCUUCGUUACACUCAGCAGUGGAAGAAAAAAGUAGUGUUUGUGCUAAAUAAAUCUGACAUAUAUCAAAAUGCCACGGAGCUUGAAGAAGCUAUAUCAUUUAUCAAGGAGAACACCAAGAGGUUACUUAACACUGAACAUGUGACAUUAUAUCCUGUAUCUGCACGGGCUGCUCUUAAAGCCAAACUUUUAGCUUCCUCUAAUGUUCACAAUAAAAAUGAGGAAAUCUCAGUAGAUCAUUCUCAACAGCGAACAAGUGGCUUCUAUGAGCUUGAAGAGUUUUUAUUAAGUUUCCUAGAUGGGUCGACGAGUACCGGAAUCGAAAGAAUAAAGCUUAAGCUUGAAACGCCUAUCAGGAUCGCUGAGCAACUACUCGCAGCCUGUCAGAUACAAACAAUGCAAGAUUAUCAGCAAGCCAAACAGGACUUAAUGUCUGUUAAUGAACUACUUGGCAGUGUUGAAGAUUAUGCACAGAAGAUGGAAAGUGAGAGCAUUUUGUGGAGAAGGAAAACUUUGUCUCUGAUUGAUGAUACAAAAUCACGAGCUUUGAAGCUUACAGAAUCAACACUAGUGAUAUCGAAUAUUGAUAUUGUCACAACUUACGUAUUCAGAGGAAAUAAAGGUGCUCUAGUGCCUGCUGCCUCAGUGAUUCAGAAUGAUAUCAUAGGUCCUGCACUCUCUGAGGCACAAAAACUCCUGGGAGAUUAUGUAACAUGGCUACAAUCAAAUAAUGCUCGUGAAGGAAGAUCAUAUUUGGAGUCCUUUAAGAAAAAAUGGCCUUCCAUUGUCAAUACUGAGAAUCUUGUAGAGUUGGAGACUGAUAAUUUUUUGGGUAGAAAAUAUGAGCUGAGCAGAGAAGCAAUAGAAAGCUUUAAUGCUGCAGCAGCUUCAAAAUUGUUUGAUCAAGAAGUCCGUGAAGCAUUCAUUGGAAGUUUUGGGGGACUGGGAGCAGCUGGUUUAUCGGCAUCACUUCUGACAUCUGUUCUACCAACCACAUUAGAGGAUCUUCUUGCUCUCGCCUUAUGCUCAGCUGGAGGGUUGUUAGCCAUCUCCAAAUUCCCGGCACGAAGACAACUGGUGGUUGACAAAGUGAAAAGAACUGCUGAUGCCUUGGGAAGGGAACUUGAAGAAGCCAUGCUGAAGGAUCUGGUGGAAACAACAGAGAGUUUGAAAAACUUUGUAAAACUCAUUGGUAAACCAUAUCAAGAUUUGGCACAACACAGGCUGGAAAACCUCUUAGCUACACAAGAAAAGUUAAGUAGCAUGGAGAGCACUAUUAAAACUCUACAGAUAGAAAAUCAAAAUUUACAUAUAUCAUGACUGCAUAUGCAUAGGGGAUAAUUGCGUGCACACAUAAUGUGUGAAUGCUAUGACGAAGUAAGCAGUUGUAACGGUAAUGUAUCUGCUUUUAUUUUUUUUGUUUCACCUUUUUGACGUGUACAGCCUGCAAGUUGCAUCUAGGAAGGGGAACAAGUAAUAAAUAUCCUUUAUUACGUGGUUA